AUGCCUGGCGAGAAACCUGAGCAGAAACUAUGGGGUGGAAGGUUCACCGGGGAAACAGACCCUUUGAUGCAUCUGUACAACGGGUCUCUGUCUUACGACCAAAAAAUGUACGAUGCUGAUCUCGACAACUCAAAGUACUAUACUGAGGGCUUACUGAAAGUAGGUCUUCUGACACCAGAGGAGCUCAGUGAGAUUCACAGAGGCUUGGAAGUGAUCCGCGGUGAAUGGACUUCGGAUUCGUUUGUGGAGAAAGAUGGCGACGAGGACAUCCACACCGCCAACGAGAGAAGGUUGGGCGAGAUCAUCGGCAGACACAUCGCCGGAAAAGUACACACGGGUAGAUCCAGAAACGACCAAGUUGCCACGGACAUGCGAAUCUACUGUCGUAACGCCCUCACUAAGCUGCAGAAAAUCCUCACCGAUCUCAUCGGAGCGAUUUUGCAGAGAUCGGAGACCGAGAUCGACGUUUUGAUGCCUGGAUACACUCACUUGCAGAGAGCGCAGCCAAUCAGAUGGUCGCACUGGCUCAACCUCUACGCUACCUAUUUUGUUGAGGACUUCAAGAGACUGAGACAGAUCAAAGAAAGGCUCAACGUGUCUCCUUUGGGGUGUGGUGCCUUGGCCGGUCACCCUUACGGUAUUGACAGAGAAUACAUCGCGGGCAAGCUAGGAUUUGACGAUUGCAUUGGCAACUCGCUCCAAGCCGUCUCUGACAGAGAUUUUGUCGUGGAAAUUCUGUUCUGGUGUUCACUUUUUAUGAACCACGUUUCCAGAUUCAGUGAGGAUUUGAUCCUCUAUUCCACCGCCGAGUUUGGUUUUGUCAAGCUUUCGGACGCCUACAGUACUGGCUCUUCGUUGAUGCCUCAGAAGAAAAAUCCAGACUCGUUGGAGCUGUUGAGAGGUAAAUCUGGCAGAGUGUUUGGCUCCCUUUCUUGGUUCAUGAUGUCUCUGAAAUCAAUCCCAUCUACUUACAAUAAGGAUAUGCAGGAAGACAAAGAGCCCUUGUUUGAUGCACUUGUUACAGUGGAGCACUCAAUCUUGAUCUCCACAGGUGUAAUCUCUACUUUGAGCAUCAACAAGGAGAACAUGUUCAAUGCCUUGACAAUGGACAUGUUGGCCACCGAUCUUGCGGACUACUUGGUGAGAAAGGGUGUCCCCUUCAGGGAAACCCACCAUAUUUCCGGUGAGGCCGUCAGCAAAGCCGAGAAACUGAAGCUUUCCGGUAUCGACCAAUUGAGUGUUGCUCAGUACAAGGAGAUUGACGCCAGAUUCGGUGACGAUGUCGUUGACGUUUUUGAUUUUGAAGUAUCUGUCGAAAGAAGAACAGCUACCGGCGGUACUGCCAAAUGUGCUGUGUUGAAGCAGAUUCAAAAGCUGAAGAACAAAAUAUAG